AUGGAACCAAUUAAACAUACUUUAAACGAAGCAGGAAAACUAGUACAACAAGCUGCACAUAGUGUAGCUGAAGUUUUUCAUACUGCUGAAACUACAACGGACAAUGAUGGGAAUAAAGAAAAGCAUGCAAACGCUCAAAAAAGUGAUAUAAAAAUAUCUCGCGCCUAUGAAGAUAAGCCACAAGAAAGUGAUGCAAAAGUAUUAGCAACAUCAUGGCCAGAUUUAAAAGGUAAAACACGUCAAGAAGCAGAAGAAUUGAUUAAAGCAAAAGGCUUCUCGAAUGUAAAAAUCUUGAAAAAAGGCACUUCGUCAACAACUGAACAUGAUGAGUCACGUGUAAUUUUAUUUGUUGAUGAUAAUGAUAUUGUUGUUGAAGAACCUAAAGUUGGUUAA